GGCGGGGCUUUUACGUCCAUCUUUACUGUACUGAGGGAGAGUGACGAGAAGAAGAAGAAAAAAAAACCCCCAGCAAUAUUUAAUUAUAAUAAUUUGUUCGAAUAAUUUUUGUCGGGGCUGAAAGAAAAAAUAUAUAAGCAAAUAUUAUCCAUAUUUGAGGAAAAGGGACAGAAGGUAUGAAGACAGUAUCAUAGCCAAGCCAUGGCUGAUAAGAGAAAACUCCAAGGUGAAAUAGACCGGUGUUUGAAAAAAGUCGCAGAGGGAGUGGAACAGUUUGAGGACAUUUGGCAAAAGCUUCACAAUGCAGCCAACGCCAACCAGAAGGAGAAAUACGAAGCGGACCUCAAGAAGGAGAUUAAAAAGCUCCAGAGACUCCGAGACCAGAUUAAGUCAUGGGUGGCGUCAAACGAGAUCAAAGACAAACGGCAGCUCGUGGAGAACCGGAAACUCAUCGAAACGCAAAUGGAACGCUUUAAAGUGGUAGAACGGGAGACAAAGACGAAGGCGUACUCUAAAGAAGGACUGGGUUUGGCUCAGAAGGUGGAUCCAGCGCAGAAGGAGAAGGAGGAAACAGAACAGUGGCUCACGAACACCAUCGAUACUCUGAACAUGCAGGUGGAUCAGUUUGAGAGCGAGGUGGAGUCUCUGUCUGUUCAGACGAGGAAGAAAAAAGGAGAUAAGGAGAAGCAGGAUCGUAUUGACGAGCUGAAGAAGCUGAUCGAGAGACACCGGUAUCACAUCCGUAUGCUGGAGACCAUCUUAAGGAUGUUAGACAACGACUCGGUGCAGGUGGAGGCGAUCCAUAAGAUCAAGGACGACGUGGAUUACUACAUCGACUCCUCACAGGAUCCCGACUUUAAGGAGAACGAGUUUCUGUACGACGACCUCGACCUCGAAGACAUCCCGAUGUUGGCCACGUCUCCACAGGGACACAAUGAAGAAGAGAUGAGCACUCCCACCUCCACCACGUCCUCCUCUCCCAUCCCUCCAUCUUCAGCCACGGCGACCACGGAGAUCCCUGAUGAGGAGAAGAAGAGAGGCCGAUCUACUGACAGUGAAGUCAGCCAGUCACCAGUGAAGAGCAGCAAUCCCCUGUCUUCUUUCUCCUCUUCUUCCUCUUCCUCCUCAGGCUUUUCCUCUUCUUCCACCUCAUCCCUCGUUUCCAUGGCAGCUGUUGUUGGCGGAACUGCUUCCGCUUCCGGGGGCAGCACUCUCCUGGGCAGUUUCAGCAGUGCGGUGCAGCAGCAUCCGCACGGCAAGCUGUCCUCCUCCUCGUCUUCUUCCUCGUCAUCGUCGUCUUCUUCCUCUUCCUCCUCUGUGACGUCCAGCAGCACAUCCAGCCCGCCCAGCCACCCGAAUUUGCCCUCUUCAACCACCCCCUUGGCCCUGCCCACCUCUAACUCUCAGCCGCUGACAUCAGCAGGGCUUAACGUGGGCAAAGCAGGUACAGCUGUGACGAGCAGCAGUAUGCCGGGCAUGAUGCCCAGCAGUAUGGCCGCCAUUAUUUCAAGCUCGAUGUCCACUCCUUACGCCCAGGCAGCAGCUGGCAGUGGCCCAAGUGGACCUGCAGGAAAUAACAGCAGCAACAGCAGCACUGUUUCAGCGGUGGGCGGCGCAAACGCGAACACUAAUUCUACGGCUAAUGCUAACGGGACAGUGCCGAUGGGCUCCUCUGGGGGUAUUUUGGGGCUUGGACCAUCGCAGUCAACUCACCAGGGAGCAGCACAGUUACCCAUCAGUCCAGUGGGCACAGUGCCAGGGGGCGGAGCCAGCAUGGGCCCUGGAAACGGGGGCGGUACAGCGUCAUCAGGGGGCAUCAUGGGGAGUGUGGCACCUGCCCGACCGCCCAGUGUGGUGAAACAAAAUGGAGGAACAAACUCUCUAGCGUACAGCGCCGUGGUGGCCGACAGCAGCUCAGACUCCUCCCUCAGCAGCGCCAGCCUAUCCCAGAGCAGCCAGCCCUCUUCCACCAGCUCCUCGGCCAAUCAAAAUCUGGAUAACGGCCCGACCCUGCUGAGCUCCAUCACUCUGCCUCCCACCUCGCAGUCUCCUUCGUUUUCAGACAGCACCCCCGGUGGUGGGAGUUUACUGAACGGCCCGCACUCGUACACACCCAGCACAGAGGCGAUAAAGGCUCCUGAGCCUUUGAGCUCUCUGAAGGCGAUGGCUGAGCGAGCAGCUCUCGGUUCGGGCCUGGAUGAAGAAAUCCCACCACUUCACCUGACAGAACGAGAUUUGUUUCCGGGAUCUUCAGCUGCCCCUGGCCCCCCAGUUCCCCCCCAGCCGGCCGUGACCGAGGUGAAUCUUCCACCUACUCUGGGUGCAUGUCCUCUCGGCCCCUGCCCUCUCUCUAAAGAGCAACUGUAUCAGCAGAUCAUGCAGGAGGCAGCCUGGGCGCACAUGCCCCUCCCAUCAGAUUCAGAAAGGAUCAGGCAAUACGUGAUGAGGACUCCGUGCCCUCUUUUGCCUUUCCACCAUCACACUCCUCCUCAUCACUGCGACUCCAUUGACUUCUACCAGAGACUCUCCACCGAGACCCUCUUUUUCAUCUUCUACUACCUGGAGGGCACAAAGGCGCAGUAUCUGUCAGCAAAAGCCCUGAAGAAGCAGUCCUGGAGAUUCCACACGAAAUACAUGAUGUGGUUCCAGAGACACGAGGAACCCAAGACCAUCACCGAUGAAUUCGAACAGGGAACCUACAUUUACUUUGACUAUGAAAAAUGGGGCCAGAGAAAGAAGGAGGGCUUCACAUUCGAGUACAGAUACCUGGAGGACCGAGACCUGCAGUGACGCACAGAUCCAACACACACCGAGCGAGUGAACGAGAAGCGGCGACAACGACUGCAGCUGUUGACAUUCCAGGGGAGGAGUGCAGUCCACGCUGUGAAGAGUGUAAAGUAGGGCUUCAUCAGUGAGUGAGUGAGAGAGAGAGACAGACAAAUGAGGUCAAGUGCCUGUUUACACACAAACUGUUUCAGUUAAAAAGGUCCCUUCCUUUAUUAUUAUCUAAAUAAGCAGAAAAUAUAUAUAAAGAUCUUUUAAUACACCUUCAUUACCCCCGUGUGAUCGCAAAAGAAAUAAAAAAACAUUAGUUUGUAUGUAUGUGCUUUGAUGAAAGGAGUCUGAGGUCAUGCUGUGAUGGCAUUCAGCACCCGAAUUUUACUUAAUCUUAGCUACGUCGAUACAGCCGUUACCGUAAUACUCAAAUAAAUCCACAGGAAGAAUCCUCCUCAGUCAGUUUAAAUAAGAAUCAACAAUUAUCCACUGCAAGAUGAGCUCUUAUUAUUUAUUCACAGAGCCUGAGCCGGAUAAUUGUUCUCGUAUAAAUACACAGGUCAGUUAUUUUAAAAAUUGCAUUGCAUUGCAUUUUCACCCUUCAAAAGCAGGAUGAAAACGUCAUGCACGCAGAGUCACAAAACACCGUUUUGAACUCAGUAAAAUAAAUCACAAUCCCGCUCAAACUUCAUAGCAUCUUUUCGGAACAGCAUUUUCUUUCAUCGUCUCCAGUUCCUCCUCACUUCCGGUGAUCGGGCGACGUUUUGCCAAGUCACUCGAGCUGAUUAUUAAGAAAUGAUCCGAAUUUCUCGACCAAUCGGCAUGCGCAGUUUCCUACAAUCACCCGUGUAUUUCUACUCAUGAGAAUCAGUCCAAAGCACAGGAAAAAAAAACAACACUUCUGAUGAAAAACGUACUGUGCAUCAGGUGAAUGCGGACUUCAGCGUGUUCGUCUGUCCAGGUUCCUCCCAUCUCCCAAAAACAUGCCAGGUGGACUGGAGACUUUAAAAAUCGCCCCUAGUUGUUAAACGAGUGCGUUCCAGUCCCACAUCACUGAAUGUUGAAAAGCUCAAGUUUACUCCAGGAUUUAUGAGUUGGCCCACCAAGUAAUAAUACAUCGACUUAAUAUUGACCAGGAACAGUACGGACGCGAUGUCAUCGAGGUGCGGAAUGACUUCACGGGCUUUGACAGCAGAUCUCGGUCAACAUACGAGCACAAACACACAGAUCCUUUGUAAUAUUUAACGUAUUUCUUCAAGCUGUAGCAGUCAGUCAGUCAACGAAACAAGUUUUUUUUUUUUUUUUUGGGUGCUUUCAUCCAGACAGCACUAACGGAGGUCAGACACAUUCAAAACAGAGAGGGCAAGACGGAAAACGAGCGGACACAUUAAAUUGCUAUGCAAUUGAACUCUUCUCGGCCUGCGUCACCUAACUGGCAUAAUGAUUUAUUAAUACUCUGAUUACUGGCCAUCCUUUUUUUCCAGCAUCUUUAUCUUAUCUUAAAUGUGUGCAGGAGGGCUUACACAUGUAAAUCUAGUCUGUUUAAAAAUCCUCUAUUAAUAAAAGAAAUAUUCAUUCAAAAAGAUGCGCAACAUUCAGAUCUUGAAAUGUUCUAGGUUUUUUUUUGGCAAUUUAUAGUUCCAGGCAUCCCUUAACGUCCCUGUUACGUAUUUCCAGACCGGGUCACUAAACUAACCCGUAUUUCUAGGUAUAGCUUACUUUUCGAACAUAAAUUACCCCUUUAACAACAUUUCAUUUUCCUUUCUUAUUUUAGAAGGGAAAAAUAAGCGAGAUUCCCUCAAAGGCUAAAAUGACUACGUCAAGACUUUGAAGAGACCUUUUUGUUUUCAGCACAUGGACUGAAAGUGCAGCUGAUGUGUGAAUUUUUCUCUGACAAUAAAUAAAGUGAUGUAUAAAUUAAUUUCAGGGCCUUCAGCAAGGCUGAGAGUGGAGGGGGAAAAAAAAUAAAAUAAAAUGUACAAUUUCAAUAAAAUACUUUUAUGAACCAGA